CGUUUUCCGAUAUUGUCAAUAUGAACUGGUCACGGUGCUGUGACUUCGUUAAAACCUUUUGCGAUUGACUGAAUGCUGUACUACUGUAAAAUAUUAACGUGCACGCGUUGAGACACGAUGAUUGGAAGGUUAAUAUUUGCUGCUUCUAACUAUAGUGUUUUUAAAACCUGAAGAACAAGUUUUCCUGGUUUUCUUGAUGAUAUGAAUAGCAUGAAUUCAAACUUGGAUAUACCUGGGGGAACAGCGCCAAGCGAAGACCUAAAAGCGGAGAGCAAUACCGACAACAGCUUUGACAGAAAUAACAACAACAAUGAAGACGACGACGAAGAAGAGGGCGACGACGGAAUUGUUAAGACAAACAACACCAACAAUGUCGCCGAAAAACAACCUAAUUCUACUGAUGGUCCCCCGGACGACAUCCGUGCAUUUUAUGGACAUCCUCUCACAGCGGCAACAGCGUCCUCGAAUGAUGCCGACACGCAUGCGUCAGCUGUUGCCCUGCUUCACGAAUACAUCAACCUUCCUGCAUUGGAUAGAAGCGGGAUGAAAAUAGGCGACAAAAUCAACUCUAUAUAUGAUAUAAUGAGAGAUGACGGGUCUUCUGCAAAAGUUGAAACCGGAAAUGAGGGAGACGGUGAUUACAUGCACAUGUUGCAGACGACACUAGCGUCGGAAGUUGACAAAUUCUUUAACAGGGAAUGUGGAGAAAACGCUACAAUAUCCAUCAUAACGGAAAAUGGUGCUUGCCCUGUUACAGUUGCUGAAGAGGUUGCUCACGAGGUUUGUGUAGAAACAAGUGGUCUACCAACAGACAAUGUUGACGCAACAGAACUGUAUGUAGCCGAACCAGUUCAAUUAGUUCAAACUCUGGACAAUACCACUUCAAUAUCUGAUCCGAAAUUACUGUCUAUGGCAAUGCCGAGUUUAGAAGAAAACAUGCGCAGUAAUAACAUUCCCGUGCAGGCAUGCAGCGCUACUAAAACAUCUACGGUAUCUGCGUCAAUGCCAUAUGCAUCGGAGAAAGUAAGACGCGCACGUGAACCGAAGGAACAAGUGAAUGUAAAAACUCAAGAGAUAUCUAAAAAACUUGUGAAAGCUUUAACUGAAAAGAUUAUGAAAAGAAUGAGUCAAAAGGAUAAUGAAACUAUUAGUGAAGCAUCGGAAAUUGAAUCAGCUGUUGCGAAUCUGCCCCCUCAAGGGAGAGCCAGUGCUACUAUAAAUAACUUAGAAUCACAUAUCAAUGAAAGUGCUUCUGUAAAUAAGGUUACUGUUGAACAGAAUCAUGAAACAAUACUAGAAAAUCUACCUGAAAAUUUACCUAUCAUAGAGGCUGGAAACUUGGACGCAUCACCUGUACCUGUUACAACAUUUAUAUCAUCUGGUCUCACAUCAUCUGCACCUCAACAAUCAUCUUCACCUUUGUCUCCUACCAAAGAUUUAAAAAAAUCACAAAAUUGUACACAAACGAAUUUAGUGAAUGUUUCACAAACAAUUGAAAGCGCGAGUGUCACACGAGUGUCCCCGCCAGUGUAUUGUAAAAACAAUGCAGCUGCGCAUGCGCAAGCUCUUGUAACGAAACAAUCUCAAUUUAUGAGACACAACUCCCUUCCGGCCUCAAAUCAAAACAGUUAUCAAGCUUAUAAUUCAAAUACUGUAUUAAACACUUGUCGUGCGCCAAAUGGGGCACCUGCUCCCGUGUAUUAUUUCCCAGAUGUAAGUAAUGGAUCAUUUAAUAUAUAUCAAACCCAAGUUCGACCAACUAUACCAGGGACCUCCGAUUGUGACAUCAUGUUAGAGAGAUAUAUACAGCAGCAGACACCUUACAGCCACGAAAAUCCAAAUUUAAGAGCACGUUGCAAAGAUGGAUAUAGUCUUAAAUCACCUGAUAGUGGAUUUUGUGAACCAUGUGUGUCGCCGAGAGAACCAAAUCUAGUGCAAUAUUCAGAUUCCUCAGAUCUCAAGGAGUAUGCCGAUGGAUUUGAAGACGAGGCUGAAAAGCGUGGAGGGAAGGUUGCAAAGCGACGGAAGUCGGCGCCACCCAUGUACGUCAAACAAUAUUGGAAUCCAAUGGACAAAAUGAUGAAAUCAAAUGUUUUAAAAUUGGAGAAAGACCCUGCGGGUUACAAAUAUUUUUUGGAUUGUCCCAUAUCAACUACACAGAGGAUUGAAGAGGAUAGAAUAACAUAUCUAAACAAGGGUCAGUAUUAUGGAUUAACAUUAGAGCAUGAUGGACAAAGGACAAUUAAAAACCAAACGUUAAAGUCGGUAAUUAUGGUUGUAUUUAGAGAAGAUAAACAUUUAGAUGAUGAGAGGAAAGCCUGGGAGUUCUGGCAUAGUCGACAACACAGCUACAAACAACGUGUGAUUGAUAUAGACACAAAGAACAGUAUAAAUGUAGGAUCUAACUGUACCGAGGAAAUAUCUUAUAAUGCUGUAGCUGUCAAAUGGAAUGCACGUGAUUCACCUGUAAAGGUGAAUAUUGCGGUUCACUGUUUAAGCACUGACUUCAGUAAUCAAAAAGGUGUAAAGGGGUUACCUCUCCAUAUCCAAGUGGACACAUACGAGAAUCCAUCCAAAGAUGCCUCACCUAUUAGCAGAGGGUAUUGUCAAAUAAAAGUUUUCUGUGAUAAGGGUGCGGAAAGAAAGAUACGUGAUGAAGAAAGAAGGAAACAGUGUAGGGUCAACAAAACCGAAACUCAACCCGGAACUAAAGCUCUUAGGAGGCGCCACGAGGAAGUGUACCAUGAAGCUCUCGAAAGAUCAGAAUUUUACCCCAUGGCGGACCUACUGUCUGAACCUAUAUUGUUUACACCUACAUUUGAAUGUAAUGACUCUGCAAGGCCAAGCCCUGUGAAUGUCUCAGUAACUGAUGAGGACGGCAGCUCCAGUAUUACUAGUAGUGUAGAGCACUACGACAGCGCUGAAGAUGGGAUAAGCCCAGCCAAACGUCCUCGUACAGAUUCCUAUGUCCCUUAUCAAUCCUUUACUAAUAUUUUAUUAUAUGUUCGAGAGAAGCAUGAAGUUGUAUUCACAGCUAUUAUGUUACGAUCCCCUACAUUAAACGGUCUUUUACAAGCAGUUGAGGAGAAGUAUAAAGUACCUAUGUCCAAAAUCAAAAAUUCUUACAAACGCUCAAAGAAAGGAAUGCUUGUUCGCAUGGAUGACAAUAUUAUCCGCCAUUACUCGCAUGAAUCAACAUUUAUCAUCGAACUGAAGAAGAAAGACGAUGUAUUUGAAUUGAUUCUAACAGAAAUUGACCCUUGCUGACAAAAUCUAUUAGAUGUCGUCUGCUGCAGACGGAUACACACAAAGACUCGAUAUUCUGGCGCCAGUUAGUAACCAACAUUUGAUUUAUAUCAGACACGGGGUCGAACCUGUAGUGGAAAUAACAAACAUGAUUUGCAUUAAGUGUAACAUAUUUAACAUGCAUUUGUAAGCUACAAAAAUGAAAUAUGAUUGUCAUAUGACCUAUGGAAACAUGUUGUGGUCUUCUUGUGGCUACACAUUACUACAUAAGAAACCAAUUUUGGACGUGGAACGCUACAAAGUUAAAUGCAUUUGCAAUAUCAUUUUAACAAAACAGAAAGUAAAGGCUAUCUUAUAUACUUACAUGUAAAUUAUUCAUUUCUUACGUGAAUUUGAAGUGAGUUCAAUAAAAGUGCUAUAUUACAUGUAAAACUUACAAUGGUGCUUUUUUUAUCGGAAAAGUGCGUUAUAAGUAUUUGAUGAUUGAUACUUUGUAAAUAUGUUUCAAAUGUGUUCAUAUUGUGCAUAUAGUGUGAAUAAUUGGGAAAUAAAAUAACACUGUUUAUGCAAAAAAAUCGACUUACAAAAAAUGGACAUGUAAGUUUGCAUUGCACUGAAAACACGAUAUCCGAGAAGACAUAACAUAUCUCUUUGUUUAUUUACACAUAUUUCUAUGUUACCGAAAAGAUCAUGGUGAAACUAUCAGUGUUUGGGUAAAGUUAUAUUAACUUUUGUCAUCGAUUUUACUGCUGUUUUGUAUACUUAUAGUUUGACUAUUGACUUUGUUGUUGUAUAGAUUUGUAUUUUAUAGAAUUUUGAUACUUUUACACGGAAUGACCGUCCAAUACUUGAACAUUCCAUUCAAAUUUUUUUGUCAUGUUUUUUUAAAUAUUUCAAACCGUUACUAGCUUUAGAAUUACGU